AUGGGUGCCUGUUUUGGAAAAGAAGGAUCCUCCUCCAAUAAUAAUAACAAUCCUACAACAAAAUCCUCAAAUCCAAACAACAACUCUCGUGCUCAUAACAACAACAACUCAACUCCUCAACAAUUCGAUGAAAAUGAUGCCAUGGAAGAAAAUGCCAAUCCCAAUUCUGGAAACUAUGAUGUCAAAUUAUUAUUACUAGGAAGUGGUGAAUCUGGUAAAAGUACAUUCUUUAAACAAGUUAGAAUUAUAUCACAAAGACCAUUCUCUGAAAUUGAGAGAAGACGUGUGAAAAACACUGUUCAUUUCAAUGUAGUAUCAUCCAUGGCUGUCAUGUGUCAAAAAUUAAAAGAUUUAAAUGAACAUGAUCAAUUAAGUGAAGAAUUACAACAAUGUUCAGAACGUGUAUUAGCAUUGAGUAAGAAUCGAUCAUUCAUGACAUCCACAAAUGCUGCCAGUAAGGGUGGUGAACGUAAUUUCUAUACCGAAGAAAUUGCGAGUGAUAUUGAAAAGUUAUGGAACAAUGAACUUGUGCAACGAGUAUUCCAAACGCAUCGAAAUCAAGUUCAUGUGUUUGAUGGAGCAGAAUAUUUCUUUGCGAGAUUGGAUCGAAUUCGAAGUGCUGAUUAUGUUCCAACGGAAGAAGAUUUACUUCAUUGUCGUCAAAAGACCAUUGGAAUUGUUGAAGUCUCUUUUGAAUUUGAAGGUUUGAAAUUUUCAUUAUUUGAUGUGGGAGGUCAACGAUCUGAAAGAAAGAAAUGGGUCAAUUGUUUUGAAGGAGUGAGUGCAGUCGUCUAUGUCAGUUCUUUGGCUGAUUAUGACUUGAAAAUGUAUGAAGAUGAUUCUCUGAAUCGAAUGGAUGAUUCUCUCAAUGUCUUUGAAGGUCUAUGUAAUGGAUAUUUCAAAGAGACACCUAUCAUUAUUGUUUUAAACAAGACUGAUAUUUUCAAAAAGAAAUUACAAGUUCAUGGCAUUGAUACUUGUUUCAGUGAUUACAAGGGUGAUAAAUCCAGUUAUGACGAGUCGGUUCAAUUCAUUCGUCAGAAAUUUUUGGCUCUUAACAAGUUUGAUGAACAGAGAAUUUGGAUGCACGACUGUUGUGCAACGAGUACAGAGGAUGUACGUUUGGUGUUUGAUAAGAUAAAGCAUCAAGUGGCUGAUUGGAAAAAGAAACAUCCUCACAGUAAAUAA